AUGGAGGGACUUCCUAUACAACAACAUGUCUCUGAAAUAAUACAAUGUGUUUCUACCAACCAAAUAACAAUCCUUUUGGGCACUACUGGGUGUGGAAAAACAACGAUGGUGGGUCAAAUGUUGUAUGACCACUCCAUACCCCAUAAAGACCCACGCAUCGUCACGACGAACCCACGUCGGAUUGGUGCGGAGAGUGUUUCCGAACGUGUUAGUGAUUUGCGCAAAGUGGAGUUGGGUACUUUUGUGGGGUACAAAGUUCGGUUUGAUGAUAUGACCUCUCCGUCGACACGGCUCUUUUUUAUGACUGAUGGGAUAUUAUUAGCGGAGUUGUCUGCAGAUCCGGUACUGAGUAAAUAUGAUGUUCUAAUUAUAGAUGAGGCGCAUGAGAGAAGCAUCAACACCGACUUUUUAUUAUCAUAUUCUGCAAGACUCUGUCAGAAGAGAAAAGAUUUGAAAAUUAUCAUCAGCUCAGCCACUAUAGAUACCAGUGAAUUGACUAAAUAUUAUUCGGGGUAUUCUCUUAGUGUUGGCACUGUCACAGUGAAAGGACGAGUGUUCAAUGUUAACAUCAAGUACUUGACUGGAGACCCAAGUCCGGCACUCAAUCCUGUAGUCGAAACGGUGUUGGAGAUACAUAGUAUGUAUGACACGGGGGACAUCUUAAUAUUUCUUUCUGGUGCUGAGGAGAUUGAAAAGUGUUGUUCUUUGAUAGCGAGAAAAGCCACUGAAAUCACCGCUAAAAGUGACUUGAUUAUUCUCCCAUUGUACUCCGCACUUCAAAAAGAAAAACAGAAAAAGGUCUUUUUAAAAGCACCACCAAACACCAGAAAAAUUGUUGUCGCAACUAACAUAGCAGAAACCUCUAUUACAGUCCCUGGUGUCAAAUUUGUGAUUGACCAAGGACUAGUCAAAACUAUGCAAUCCACGGGCGGAGCAGAAGGGUUGACUCUCGAAACCGUUUCCAAAGCGGGUGCUAUACAACGGUGCGGGAGAGCUGGAAGGACUGAAGAAGGAAUUUGCUAUCGACUGUAUAGUGAAGAGUCAUAUAACCAACUGAGAGAUGAGAGUGUGCCAGAAAUAGUACGAGUCAAUUUGGAGGAUGUUGUUUUGAAAUUGAAAAUGUUGGGCAUUGGCCUUGAAGAAACUUUCUUUGUUGAGAGACCGCCUGUAUUAAAUGUUGUAGAAGCUGUGCGAGAACUUCGGUAUAUUGGUGCGAUUAACGACGAUGGGGAAAUAACCGAUUUUGGGAAAAAACUGGUCAAAUUUCCACUGAGUCCAAGGCAGGCUGCUGCUGUGUGUGAGGGGUAUACCAACAACGUCUUAGAAGAGGUGAGUGAAUUGAUUGGGAUGGUCAGUCAAGAGAAUGUGUUUUUAGGGAGUUACAGUGGAGUUAGUGGAGUUAACAAUGACCUUAUUGGGAUGAUUGUGGCGUAUAAAAUGUGGCAAAAAUAUGGGGAGGUGUGGGGGACGAAAAAAGGGUUAAACCCACAAAUGAUGCGAUACAGUAAAUUGAUUGUCAAACAAAUAGUGGAAAUCGCAAGAGAUGUGUUUAAUGACAAAUCCACACAAGAAACAAAGGCAAUGCGGAAUAGAAGUCACAGCAGAGAAAGAGAUCGCGUGAAGGAUUUGGAAGAAGCGAUUGAAAUCAAUCACAUCAUUAAGUCACUAAAAAUUCGCGAAAUAAUCGACGCGAUCUAUUCUGCAUAUUUUAGAAACACCGCACAAAGGUGUGGGAAAGGAAAGUAUCGACUUAAAGGCACAAACAUUGAUACAAUCAUUCACCCCACAAGUAGGUGCAAUUCCGAGAAAGAAAGUGAAUGUGUGAUGUUCAUAACAAUGACUGUUUCCUCGUCUGUGAUGCUUAAGUGGGUCUCUUCUAUUAACGAAGAAACAGUCAAAAAGCAUUGGGACGACCUUCCGAAACUUGACUUGAAAAAACUUAUUGGUGAGAAGUUGUACGCAGACUUCACUUCCCAGAAAUUAAGUGGGACAGGCUCCGCUUGGAGCUCUGCAAAAAUUGAAGUUGAGCGAAUGCAAGUGAAGCGAGCAAGUGUGGAAGAAAUCAGUGAUGCAAAACAACGUUUUUUGGCUCGCAGAGCCAAAGGUCAUCAAACGCCGUCUGGGAAAUAA